AUGUAUGCAAGCGACGAAUAUCGAAACCAUUAUUCAUUUGAAAUGGAUGGUAGCUGCCGUCCACCGCGACAGUUAACUCCUACGCCUCAGAGCACGAGUGAGAAUGAAUACGACAAAUCGGAUGAUAUUUCGCAGUCCCUGCUGGGUUCCCAACUUGAGAGCCCUUUCACAUCGCCCAACGAACCACGGUACCCGGAGACCCUCGCAACCCCUCAAGAACCACCGCGAGCAAACUCAGUCUCGGGAGUAUCCAGCACCAGUCCAUGGCAAAAACGUCAGAUUGAGAACGCACGCAGUGGUCUCCGUCGCUAUCCGACUCGACGGAUCAAUCUGGUCCAAGGGACGGUCCUGAGCGUCGAUUACCCAGUUCCGAGUCCGAUCCUCAAUUCCGUUGAACCGAAAUACUGUGACAACAGCGAAGCAACCGCAGAAGAAUUCACUCAUCUGAGAUACACGGCGGCCACCUGCGAUCCCGAUGAUUUCAAUCUCCGCAAUGGAUACAACCUCCGAGCCGCCAUGUACAAUCGAUACACGGAACUCCUCAUUGCCAUCACCUACUACAAUGAGGAUAAGGUUCUAACCGCCCGAACUCUGCAUGGAGUCAUGCAGAACAUACGAGACAUCGUGCAGCUGAAGAAAACUCAAUUCUGGAAUAAAGGAGGACCGGCCUGGCAGAAGAUAGUGGUGACACUGAUCUUCGACGGCAUUGGUCCGUGUGAUAAGAAUACCCUCGAUGUUCUGGCUACUAUUGGGAUCUAUCAGGACGGAAUCAUGAAGCAUGAUGUGGAUGGCAAGGAGACGGUUGCCCAUAUAUUUGAAUAUACUACGCAGUUGUCGGUGUCGCCUGCGCAGCAGUUAUUUCGCCCCAACAGUGAUGAUCCAGAGAACUUCCCACCGGUGCAAAUGAUCUUCUGUCUCAAACAGAAGAACAGUAAAAAGAUCAAUUCGCACCGCUGGCUAUUCAAUGCGUUUGGACGGAUUCUCAAUCCAGAGGUGUGCAUAUUGAUUGACGCAGGCACCAAGCCGGGCCACAAGUCCCUGCUUGCGCUAUGGGAGGCAUUCUAUAAUAAUAAGAACCUGGGUGGAGCAUGCGGCGAGAUCCAUGCACUACUGGGCUCACAGUGGGAAAAGCUCAUCAAUCCACUAGUCGCGGCGCAAAACUUUGAGUAUAAGAUUUCAAACAUCCUGGAUAAGCCACUGGAAAGUGUGUUUGGGUAUGUUAGUGUUCUACCUGGUGCGUUUUCUGCCUAUCGCUAUCGUGCCAUCAUGGGCAGACCCCUCGAACAGUAUUUCCAUGGAGAUCAUACUCUGUCGAAGAAACUAGGAAAGAAGGGGAUUGAAGGCAUGAAUAUUUUUAAAAAGAAUAUGUUUCUGGCGGAGGAUCGGAUCUUGUGCUUCGAACUUGUUGCAAAGGCGGGAUUCAAAUGGACCCUGAGUUAUGUGAAAACCUCAAAAGGCGAGACGGACCCCCCCCCGGAGUUUCUGAGUCAGAGAAGACGAUGGCUGAAUGGAUCAUUUGCGGCGAGUUUAUACUCGGUCAUGCACUUCAACCGCAUUUACAAAAGUGGGCAUAGUAUCGUGCGGCUGCUCUUCCUCCAUGUCCAGCUGCUUUACAACAUCUGCCAGUUGAUUAUGACAUGGCUCUCCCUUGCAUCAUACUGGCUGACGACCUCUGUAAUCAUGGACAUCGUCGGCACUCCUAGCGCAACGAAUAAGAACAAGGGUUGGCCGUUUGGAAAUGAGGUGACACCGGUCAUCAACAAUGUCAUCAAGAUACUCUAUCUGGCAUUUUUGAUGCAACAAUUCUUCCUCGCGCUUGGAAAUCGGCCCAAAGGAUCCAACUUCUCCUACAUCCUAGCCUUCCUCUACUUCUCCCUCGUCCAACUCUACAUCCUCGUCCUUUCAUUCUACCUCGUCGCCCAGGCCUUCAGCGGCGGUAACAUAGACCUCGACUUCGAAAAUGGCGCUGGCGGUUUCAUAGGCUCGUUCUUCACCUCCACCACUGGCCUCGUCCUAAUAGCCCUGGUAUCCACGUACGGGGUCUACUUCAUCGCAAGCGUCCUCUAUCUCGACCCUUGGCACAUGGCAACAUCGUCCUGGGCAUAUUUCCUCAGCAUGCCCUGCUCCAUCAACGUUCUCAACGUCUACGCCUUCUGCAACUGGCACGAUGUCUCCUGGGGUACAAAAGGGUCAGACGAGGCAGCAUCUCUCCCCUCCGCGCAGACAAAGACAUCAGAUGCAAAGACAAACUUUGUCGAGGAGCUCGACAAGCCCCAGGCAGAUAUCGACACCGAGUUCGAGCUCACCGUGGGACGGGCUCUAGCGCCGUGGAAGGAGCCGGUGGAGAGCUCCAAGGUGCAGCUGGAUGAUUCGUAUCGCACGUUCCGCACUAACCUGGUGCUGUUGUGGGCGUUGAGUAAUUCGCUCUUGGUGUUGCUGAUCAACAAUGCGAACGUGCGGAGUCUGUGUCUAACGACGACAUCGACUGAUCGCACCAUGUGGUAUUUUAAAAUCAUCCUGUGGGGGACAUCGGGGUUGUCGAUCUUCCGGUUCUUGGGUGCCUUGGUGUUUCUGGCGAAGACGGGGCUUCGGUGUUGUUUCUCGAGGCGAUAAUUGUCGCCUAUUACUAUUAUAGACCCCAUAAU